CUGAGCUGUGGUACUUUCCACAUUCUGCUUCUGCUAAGUGCUUCCCUCUUUUCUCUCUCUCUCGCCCGGUGCAGAUCCAUUGUCGGCACAAACGCUGAGAGCUGAUUAAUGAGGGGUGAAGGGGUUCAGCAGCCGCAUCUCUCUCCAUCUGCUUUUAUCCCUUCCCUCCACCGGCUGAAAGGAUGGCCACAGCAGAGCCCCUGAGUGCCCUCUCUCGGUGGUAUCUCUAUGCCAUCCAUGGCUAUUUCUGCGAGGUGAUGUUCACAGCAGCGUGGGAUUUUGUGGUGCAUUUCAACUGGAAGUUCCCCGGAGUCACCAGUGUCUGGGCACUUUUCAUCUACGGCACCUCCAUGCUGAUAGUGGAACGGAUGUACCUCUACCUGAGGGACAGGUGCCGUACUGUUACCCGCUGCCUCAUCUACACCAUCUGGACCUAUAUCUGGGAGUUCUGCACGGGCUACAUCUUGCGCCAGUUCAACGCCUGCCCCUGGGACUACUCCCAGUUUGAGUUUGACUUCAUGGGUCUGAUCACCCUGGAGUACGCCAUCCCCUGGUUCUGCGCCUCCUUCAUCAUGGAGAAACUGGUCAUCAGGAACACCCUCCGCCUCCGCUUCGAGCCCCACCUCGAAGUUGCCCCGGGUACCCCGCGGCCGAGUGACGUCGUGGCAAACGGCCACCUCAAAUCCGACUGAGCCCUUGG